AUGCCAGGAGGAGCAGGAGGAGAAGCAGACGGGAGGAAGAGCACGGAGGAAGAGAUGGUGGAGGAGACUGCUGGUGCAACCGCAGAGGCUGAGAAGAACCGGAAGCUCAAAGACCGAAAGGUAUCAUGGGCAAAGCUACGGCGCAUAGAUUCUCUCAACUUAGAAGCUGGAAGAGUUUCCAUGGUCGCACACAAUCCCCUCAAAUUGAGUUGGAGGACGACGCUGAGCUUGGCAUUUCAGAGCAUAGGGGUUGUAUACGGUGAUAUUGGUACAUCACCCCUCUAUGUGUUUUCCAGCACCUUCCCCAACAAUAUUAAGAACCACGACGACAUUCUCGGUGUCUUGUCUCUCAUCAUCUACACCAUCGUUCUCAUACCCAUGACCAAAUACGUCUUCAUCGUAUUGUGGGCCAACGACAAUGGCAACGGAGGAGCAUUUGCACUGUAUUCGUUAAUAUGUCGACACAUAAAGAUGAGUUUGAUCCCAAAUGAACAACCAGAAGACAGGGAGCUUUCAAACUACAAACUUGAAACGCCGUCAAGUGAGGUUAAACGAGCCCACAAAGUGAAGCAGAAGCUCGAGGGCAGUCCUGCUGCGCGGAUUGUGCUUUUGUUUUUGGCUAUAAUGGGAACUUCCAUGGUUAUAGGAGACGGGAUUCUUACUCCAUCAAUUUCAGGAUCUGAGGCCAUGUUUGCUGACUUGGGUCACUUUAAUGUACGAUCCAUUCAAAUCAGCUUUUCUUGCAUUACAUUUCCAGCAAUAGUGACUGCAUACGUUGGGCAAGCAGCAUAUCUCCGGAAGUUCCCUGAGAAUGUGUCUAAUACUUUCUAUGAUAGCAUUCCGCAUCGCUUAUACUGGCCAACAUUUGUUGUGGCUGUUGCUGCUGCCAUUAUAGCUAGCCAAGCAAUGAUUUCAGGAGCAUUCUCCAUUAUAUCCCAGGCCCUAAGUCUAGGUUGUUUCCCCAGAGUUAGGGUAGUGCACACUUCCGUUAAACAUCAGGGCCAGGUGUAUAUUCCAGAGGUCAACUACAUGUUCAUGGUCGCAUGUAUUCUGGUGUGUGUUGCCUUCAAGACCACAGAAAAGAUUAGUCAUGCGUAUGGGAUUGCAGUUAUUGGGGACAUGAUGAUCACAACAACUCUGGUUUCGCUGAUAAUGCUUGUUUUAUGGAAAAAGAGUCUAUGGCUAGUGGGUCUGUUCUUUUUGGGAUUCGGUUUCGUUGAGCUAGUUUACUUCACAUCUCAACUGACAAAGUUCACAGGAGGAGGGUAUCUGCCAAUUGUAUCAGCUAUGUUCUUGACGACGGUGAUGGGAACGUGGCAUUACGUUCACAAAGAAAGGUACAUGUUUGAGCUGAAAAACAAGGUAUCGAGUGCGUAUUUGAAUGAAGUGGCGAAAAACCCAGAUGUAAGGCGAGUGCCCGGGAUAGGACUUCUGUAUUCAGAGCUGGUGCAAGGCAUUCCUCCUAUAUUCCCACACCUGAUAGGCAGCAUACCAUCGAUCCAUUCAAUAGUUGUGUUCGUGUCGAUCAAGGCUAUUCCGGUGAGUAGAGUUGCAUUGGAGGAGAGGUUCUUGUUCCGGCAGGUGGAGCCAAGAGAGUACAGAAUAUUUCGGUGUGUUGUGAGGCAUGGUUACAAUGACUUGCUUGAAGAUCUUGCGGAGUUUGAGUCGCAGUUGAUACAACAUCUGAAGGCAUUCGUUCAGGAAGAGAACUAUUACACGGUGGAGGUGGAGGGAAGUGGAGGUGGAAGUGGAGGGGCAGGUGGAGGUGAACAGGCACCGGAUGCUAAAGAGAAAAAGGGUAGGUCCGGUGCGAGCUCCUCCACAAGAAUAAUCCCAAACCAAUCGGCAUCGGUCUCAUCCGACUCCAUUCGAUCAGCCACUAAUUUCCUUGCCCCACCCAUCCAGGGAGCCGAAGAGGAACUGAAAUUCAUAGACAAAGCGCUGGAGAAGGGCGUGGUGUAUAUGAUCGCAGAAGCAGAGGUCGUGGCUCACCCAAAUUCCUCCAUCUUCAAUAAGAUCUUCGUCAACUAUUUCUACAGUUUCUUCCGAAAGAACUUCAGACAAGGCCAGAAUUCCAUGGCUAUCCCACCCAACAGACUUCUCAAGCUUACAAUUACAUUACUUGAGCCAAAGACACAACAGAAGGAGAAGGAGUGUCUUAUGAAGGUUACCUUACCUGACUGA